AUCGUUUUAAAUUGUGUGAUUCGAAAAAAUGGAUAUCCACACAGCAGCUAUCCCUUACUCAUUCAAAGAAUCCAAUAGCUGCACCGAGAAGUUAGCUAGAUGAUACUCGUAUCUGUACAAUGAAUGUCAACUGAAUCAGAGUGACGAAGGUCGCUUUGUGGCUCGAAUGGCUUGAAAUUAUGGAAAUAUCGUCUGGAGGAGCUGCGCCGUCCUCAAAGCUUUCUUUUCCAUGCCCGAUUUGUGGUUUUCUCUGCUCGACCAAAAGCGCCUUCACCAACCACAAGGGGAGCAACAAGUGUAAGGAGAAUGUGCUCCGGCGACAGCGUGGACUGGACCCGUCAGCCAGCAAAGGAGUACAAGACAGCGUCUCCAGUUCCAGCCUCCUAAACCGGGCCGCCAUUCCGAACGCAAUCGUUAAAAGGACACAAGAUCUUCAGAGACUAUCCUCGAAGCUAAGUAUUCUGCCUGCUCAUCAGGCUUAUUUUCUUUUGCGCACCAGUAUUUGUAUUCCCAAAAUGAAUUAUUUACUACGAUCAAGCCCAACUUGGCUGUGCAGUAACGAAUUGGAUAUCUUCGAUAAUACAGCGAAAUCGGCACUAGAAACAAUAGCGAACGUUAAAAUGGAUGGCGUUACAUGGGCACAGGCUUCGCUUCCCGUUUUCAGUGGCGGGCUGGGAAUUAGGCGUGUGGCAGAACUAGCGACUUCAGCCUAUUUGGCUUCGGUUUAUGCCACAUCGUCCCUAGUUUCGAGCAUCGCCCCUGGAACGGAGAUUCUUGACUUGGUGCACCAGUUGUGGCAAGCAGCAUCGUGUGCUGAAUUACCGUCAGAAAGCCUACGAAAGACGCAGAAAGUGUGGGACGCCGCUGUGGUCAAAAAAGCUUCCGAAGAUAUCACAAACUUGUAUGUAAAUGAUGUUACACAUUGUGCGCGUUUGCUUGCAGUUGCGCGGCCGGAAUCGGGCAAAUGGCUGAACGCCCUCCCUGUACCUUCACUCGGAACGUUGAUGUCAGACGAGAGUUUCCGUGCAGCAGUUGGACUACGUGUCGGCGCGCCAAUUUGCAGUCCCCACUUUUGCGCUGACUGCCGUCUGCCUGUCGACCAAUACGGCCACCACGGACUUUCGUGUAAGAAGAGCGCUGGACGUUUUCUUCGUCACUCCUCCUUGAACGAAAUAAUUCGGAGAAGCCUAGUUACCGCCAAUAUACCAGCCGUACUGGAACCGAGAGGGACCAACGACGAGGAUGAUCGCCGGCCGGAUGGUGUGUCGCAGUUGCCUUGGAGAAACGGACUACGACUCGCCUGGGACGUGACAUGUGUUGACACCGUGGCUUUGUCUAACGUCAUCAGCAGCAGCAUCAAAGCCGGAGAAGCUGCCAGGAAAGCGGAAGAAGAAAAGUGCCGAAAGUACGAAUAUCUGGCGCCGGAAUACGACUUCGUCCCUUUAGCUUUCGAGACUUUUGGCGUCGGCGGCCCAGCUUGUAUGAAAUUUUACGUGAGCUAGGAAAACGCUUGAAGGAUGCUUCUGGAGAAAAACGAUCAUACGAGUUUUUGU